AUCUGUGUUACCAGCAGCAACAGAGAGAAUCGGCGCACAUUCAUAGGUGUCACUGGCACAGAGCGGAGCGCUGGCUGUCAUCCUCAACAAAGGAAUGGUCUGAGCGCACUGUCUCCACGGUGAUGCCCUGUAUCAGACAUAUAUCAUCCAUAGGCUGUGCCAUGCAUUCGAGGAAUAGGUGAAUCGCGCGUGCCAAGAAGAAGCCUUUUGCGCCAGUGUGCGCAUUUGGAGAGGCGCAUCAGCCGUGAUCAGACUGCAGCUUUACUGGAUCAUCGGACCUUGCGUUUGCAUUUUAUUUAGCUCUUUUGUUCCUGGCCUUUUUUUCUCCCCUCUGUUGAAAUAUAAUGUUGCGCUUCACAGCUGGCAGGCUGCUUGUCGGAUUGUUCUUUUUGGGUUUUGUGCACAGUUUUGAGGUGCUUCUUCCAGCAAGGGACAUAGAUGCUCCAAAAACCUGCAGCCCCAAGCAGUUUGUUUGCAGGGAUCAGGUGACGUGUAUCUCAAAAGGUUGGCGGUGUGACGGGGAGAAGGACUGCCCGGACGGAUCGGACGAGGCCACAGAUGUCUGUCCUCAUAACCGUGUGUCGCGGUGUCCUCCUAAUGAACAUCAGUGUCUGGGAUCAGACUUGUGUGUUCACAUGAGCAAGCUGUGUAACGGCGUCCCCGACUGCACUGAUGGAGGAGACGAGGGGGCGCACUGCAGAGAACUGGCCCUCAACUGUACUCUCACUGGUUGCCAGGACAACUGUGCUGUCACACGCACCGGCGCCAUGUGCUACUGCAAGAGCGGCUACGAGAUCAGCCAAGACGGAAAGACCUGUAAAGAUUUUGAUGAGUGUACGGUGUAUGGCACCUGCAGUCAGACGUGCACAAACACAGACGGCUCGUACACCUGCUCCUGUGUGGAAGGUUAUCUCGUUCAACCAGACAACCGCUCCUGCAAGGCCAAGAACGUGCCUGUGGAUCGUCUCCCUGUCUUGCUGAUCGCGAACUCUCAGAACAUCCAGAUCACGUCUCUGAGUGGCUCCAGCAGCCCAUCACUCUACAUAAGCACAAAACAGACCACAGCCAUGGACUUCCUGUACGCGCAGGAAACAGUGUGCUGGAUUAAUGUGGGCGACUCCCCCGCGGGCACACGACUGAAGUGUGCUAAGAUAACAGGCCUCAAGAGCUUCACAGAUGAGAGAACCAUCAACAUCUCCCUCAGCUUACACCAUGUAGAACAGAUGGCAAUAGACUGGCUCACAGGAAACUUCUACUUUGUUGAUGACGUGGAUGAUCGAAUCUUUGUAUGUGAUAAAGAUGGAGCCACAUGUGUAACACUGUUGGAUCAAGAACUCUACAACCCUAAAGGCAUUGCUCUGGACCCAACUAUGGGAAAGGUUUUCUUCACUGACUACGGGCAGAUCCCAAAGGUGGAACGUUGUGACAUGGAUGGACAGAACCGAACAAAGUUGGUGGACAGUAAAAUUGUCUUCCCGCAUGGUAUCACCCUGGACUUGGUCAGCAGAUUGGUCUACUGGGCUGAUGCUUAUCUUGACUACAUCGAGGUAGUGGACUAUGAGGGCAAAAACAGACACACCAUCAUUCAAGGACUGUUGAUUGAGCAUCUUUAUGGGCUCACAGUGUUUGAGAACUAUCUAUAUGCCACAAACUCCGACAAUGCCAACAUGCAGCCUAAGACCAGCGUGAUCCGCGUCAAUCGAUUCAACAGUUCAGAUUAUCAGGUGGUCACCCGUGUCGACAAGGGAGGAGCUCUACAUGUUUACCACCAGAGACGCCAACCCCCUGUGCGGAGUCACGCCUGUGAGCCAGAUCAGUUUGGAAAAGCUGGAGGUUGUUCAGACAUCUGUCUGUUGGGCAACAGCCACAAGAGCCGGACGUGUCGCUGUCGGUCUGGCUUUAGCCUGGGCAACGAUGGCAAAUCGUGCAAGAAGCCUGAGCAUGAGUUAUUUCUGGUGUACGGCAAGGGUCGUCCAGGCGUUAUCCGUGGUAUGGACAUCAACCCUAAAGUUCAGGAUGAAUACAUGAUCCCCAUCGAGAACCUGAUGAACCCUCGAGCUCUGGACUUCCAUGCACAGAGUAACUUCAUCUACUUCGCUGAUGCCACCAGCUAUCUGAUUGGCCGACAGAAGAUUGACGGCACGGAAAGAGACAUCAUUCUUAAAGAAGGUAUUCACACUGUCGAAGGAAUCGCUGUGGAUUGGAUGGCCAAUAAUCUUUACUGGACAGAUGAUGGUCCCAAGAAGACCAUCAGUGUUGCUCGGCUCGAGAAAGCUUCUCAGACCAGGAAGACUCUCAUUGAGGGCAAGAUGAUCCAUCCUCGAGCUAUUGUGGUGGACCCUCGGCACGGCUGGAUGUAUUGGACUGACUGGGAGGAGGACCCAAAAGAGAGCAAGCGAGGGAAGAUUGAGAAGGCCUGGAUGGAUGGAACCAACCGGAACGUUCUAUUGACGUCUAAGACGGUUCUGUGGCCCAACGGCCUGAGUCUGGACAUCCCUCAGGGCAUCCUGUACUGGGUGGAUGCUUAUUACGACCGAAUUGAGAUGGUCUAUCUCAACACCACUGCACGCAAGACGGUUUAUGAUGGACAAGAGCUGAACCACGCCUUUGGCCUGUGCCACUACAAACACUUCCUGUUCUGGAACGAGUACCGCAGCGGCAGCAUCUAUAAACUGGACCAGAACACCAAAACAGUCACUUUGCUACGCAACGAACGGCCACCCAUCUUUGAGAUCCGCAUGUAUGAUGCCCAACAGCAGCUAGGAAGUAAUGCGUGUAGAGCCAAUAACGGCGGCUGUAGUAGUCUGUGUUUGGCCACUCCCACAGGCAGGUCAUGUGCCUGCGCUGAGGACCAAUUACUGGACCCCGCAGACAACACCAGCUGUAAAGCCAACCCGUCUUACAUUCCCCCUCCGCAGUGUCAGCCGGGAGAGUUCGCCUGUAAGAAUAACCGCUGUAUUCAAGACCGCUGGAAAUGCGAUGGAGAUAAUGACUGUCUGGACAAAAGCGACGAGACGGCUGAACUGUGCCAUCAGCACACAUGCCCUGCAGACCGCUUUAAGUGUCAAAAUAACCGCUGUAUCCCAAUGCGUUGGCUGUGUGAUGGAGACAACGACUGCGGCAAUGAUGAAGAUGAGUCUAACACCACAUGCUCAGGUACGCACAAAAAGGAUUGUGGGGACAGCUCUGAUGAGUUCAAUUGUCCGAGCAAGACCGACAAUGACUGUGGUGACAACAGUGAUGAAGCCGGCUGCAGUCAUUCAUGCUCCAGCGCUCAGUUUAAAUGUAACAGCGGUCGCUGUAUACCCGACUACUGGACCUGUGACGGAGACAACGACUGUGGUGACUACAGCGACGAGACCCAUGCCAAUUGCACUAACCAGGCAACCCGACCUCCCGGUGGCUGUCACACAGAUGAGUUCCAGUGUCGUGUGGACGGGUUGUGUAUUCCCCUCCGAUGGCGGUGUGAUGGAGACACUGACUGCAUGGAUCUGAGCGAUGAGAAGAACUGCGAGGGUGUGACACACAUGUGUGAUCCUGCAGUAAAGUUUGGCUGCAGGGAUUCUGCGCGGUGUAUCAGUAAGGCUUGGGUAUGUGAUGGUGACAGCGAUUGUGAAGAUAACUCUGAUGAAGAUAACUGUGAGGCGCUGGUGUGUAAACUCUCCCAUCACGUGUGUGCUAAUGACACCAGCAUUUGUCUGCCUGCUGAGAAACUGUGUGAUGGCAAAGACGACUGUCCUGAUGGUUCCGAUGAGAAACUCUGUGAUCUGUGUUCUCUGGACAAUGGUGGCUGCAGUCAUAACUGCACAGUGGCCCCGGGUGAGGGCAUUCUGUGCUCGUGCCCACUGGGAAUGGAACUGGGCACUGACAACAAGACGUGUCAGAUCCAGGGCUUCUGUGCCAAACACCUGAAGUGCAGCCAGCGCUGUGAGCAGGACAAGUUCAAUGUGAAAUGUUCCUGCUAUGAUGGCUGGGCCCUCGAACCUGACAUGGAGAGCUGCAAGAGCACAGAUCCAUUUAAACCCUUCAUCAUCUUCUCCAACCGUCAUGAGAUCCGACGGAUUGAUCUGCACAAAGGAGAGUUCAGCGUGCUGGUGCCAGGCCUGAGGAACACCAUCGCUCUCGACUUCCACCUCAACGAGAGCGCGCUCUAUUGGACUGAUGUUGUUGAGGACAAAAUUUACCGUGGAAAGCUGUCAGAGAACGGUGCGCUGACCAGUUUUGACGUGGUGAUCCAGUAUGGAUUAGCUACUCCUGAGGGUCUGGCUGUAGACUGGAUCGCUGGAAACAUCUACUGGGUGGAGAGUAACCUAGAUCAGAUCGAAGUGGCCAAACUGGACGGGACCAUGCGCACCACUCUACUAGCUGGAGAUGUGGAGCACCCGCGGGCCAUCGCCCUGGACCCCAGAGAGGGAAUCCUAUUCUGGACAGACUGGGAUGCCACAAUGCCCAGGAUAGAGGCUGCAUCCAUGAGUGGACAUGGCAGACGCACCAUCCAUAAGGAGACGGGCAGUGGAGGAUGGCCCAAUGGACUGACUGUGGACUAUCUGGAGCGCCGCAUUCUAUGGAUAGAUGCCAGAUCUGAUGCAAUCUAUUCAGCCAAGUAUGACGGGUCGGGACUGAUCGAGGUGCUCAGAGGACAUGAGUAUCUCUCGCAUCCGUUCGCUGUGACGAUGUAUGGCGGAGAGGUUUACUGGACAGACUGGCGCACAAACACACUGGCCAAGGCCAACAAAUGGACAGGAAACAAUGUCACUGUGGUUCAGAGAACAAACACGCAACCUUUCGAUCUGCAGGUGUACCACCCAUCUAGACAACCGCAAGCGCCGAACCCGUGUGCUGCUAACGGUGGUUUGGGCCCAUGUUCUCACCUGUGCUUGAUCAACUACCAUCAGACGUUCUCCUGUGCCUGCCCACACCUCAUGAGACUGAGUGAGGACAACCACACCUGCUACGAGUCGCGUCAGUUCCUGCUGUACGCCCGUCAGAUUGAGAUAAGAGGAGUGGACAUCUAUAAUCCAUACUACAACUACAUCAUCUCCUUCACCGUCCCUGACAUCGACAACGUCACGGUUGUGGAUUACGACGCUCUGGAGAAGCGCAUCUAUUGGUCUGAUGUUCGGACUCAGACCAUCAAGAGGGCCUUCAUCAACGGCACAGGAAUAGAGACGGUGGUGUCUGCAGAUAUUCCCAACGCACAUGGUCUGGCGGUGGACUGGGUGUCACGUAAUCUCUUCUGGACCAGCUAUGAUGGCAAUAAGAAACAGAUCAACGUCGCCAGACUGGACGGCUCCUUCAAGAACGCUGUUAUUCAGGGCCUGGACAAACCCUACUGCCUCGUGCUGCAUCCCAUACUGGGGAAACUGUACUGGACUGAUGGAAAUAACAUCAGCAUGGCCAACACUGAUGGCACGAACCGUACCAUGAUCUUCACCAAUCAGAAAGGACCAGUGGGUCUGUCCAUAGACUACGACAUGGAGCACCUGUACUGGAUCAGCUCAGGAAACAGCACAAUUAACCGCUGUAAGCUGGAUGGAUCAGGACUGGAGGUGUUAGACGCGGUCAAAGGCAAACUGAACAAAGCCUCUGCGCUGGCUAUCAUGGGGGAUAAGCUGUGGUGGGCGGAUCAGGGCACGGAUGAGAUCGGCACCUGUGAUAAGAGUGAUGGAGGAGACUGGAAGGUCUUGAGAAACAGCACGUCUCCCAUGAUGCACAUGAAGAUCUACAAUGAGACCGUGCAGACAGGUUCAAACAUGUGCAGUAACAACAAUGGUGACUGCUCUCAGCUGUGUCUGCCCACGUCUCCCACCAGCCACUCCUGCAUGUGCACCGCAGGAUACAGCCUGAGGACCGGACAGCAGUCCUGUGAGGGUGUGGGCUCUUUCCUGCUGUACUCUGUUCAUGAGGGCAUUAGAGGAAUCCCACUGGACCCCGCUGACAAAUCCGAUGCCCUUGUACCGGUUUCAGGAACAUCACUCGCAGUCGGGAUUGAUUUUCAUGCCGAUAAUGACACCAUCUAUUGGGUUGACAUGGGUUUGAGCACCAUCAGCAGAGCUAAGAGAGAUCAGACGUGGAGAGAGGACAUCAUCACUAACGGCAUCGGCCGUGUGGAGGGCAUCGCUGUCGACUGGAUCGCCGGAAACAUCUACUGGACGGACCAGGGCUUUGAUGUGAUUGAGGUUGCCAGAUUGAAUGGCUCGUUUCGAUAUGUGGUCAUCUCCCGAGGACUGGACAAACCUCGGGCCAUUGCUGUACAUCCUGAGAAAGGGUAUCUGUUUUGGACGGAGUGGGGACAGUAUCCACGCAUAGAAAGAUCUCGUCUGGAUGGAUCUAACAGAGCCGUGCUGGUGAACGUCAGUAUUAGCUGGCCCAACGGCAUCUCCAUUGAUUAUCAGGAGGGUUGGCUGUACUGGUGUGACGCGCGCACGGAUAAGAUUGAGCGCAUUAAGCUGGAGACGGGCGAGAACAGAGAGGUGGUGCUUUCCAGCAACAACAUGGACAUGUUCUCCGUAUCUGUGUUUGAGAGCUACAUAUACUGGAGCGACCGGACUCAUGCGAAUGGUUCAAUAAAGCGUGGCAGUAAAGAUAAUGCAACUGAUUCAGUAAGUUUGAGGACAGGCAUCGGCGUCCAACUCAAAGACAUCAAGGUCUUCAACAGAGCGCGACAACAAGGAACUAAUAUCUGCAAGAACAACAACGGCGGCUGCCAGCAGCUGUGUCUUUACCGUGGUAACGGACAGCGAACGUGUGCAUGCGCUCACGGAAUGUUAGCCGAGGACGGUCAGAGUUGCCGUGACUACGACGGAUACCUGCUGUACUCAGAACGCACGAUACUAAAGAGCGUGCACUUAUCAGACGAAUACAACCUCAACGCUCCCAUCAAACCGUUUGAAGAUCCCGACCACAUGAAGAGCGUCAUCGCGCUAACGUUCGAUUACCGCGGAGGCGGCGGAAAAGGAGCCAAUCGGAUCUUCUACAGCGACAUCCACUUUGGAAAUAUUCAGCAGAUCAAUGACGACGGGUCAGACCGGAAGACCGUGGUCGAGAAUGUUGGGUCAGUGGAGGGGUUGGCGUAUCAUCGGGCCUGGGACACUUUAUUCUGGACCAGUUACACCACAUCCACCAUCACCCGUCACAGUGUGGACCAGAGCCGCUGGGGGGCUUUCGACCGGGACUCUGUGGUCACCAUGUCAGGAGACGACCACCCACGGGCGUUCGUCCUGGAUGAAUGUCAGAACUUGAUGUUUUGGACCAACUGGAAUGAGCAGUCACCCAGUAUCAUGCGCGCCCAGCUGUCCGGAGCCAAUGUCCUGGUGAUUAUCGGCAGUGACGUCCGCACUCCCAAUGGACUCGCCAUCGACCAUCGUGCCGAGAAGCUCUAUUUCUCGGAUGCUACGCUUGAUAAGAUUGAGCGCUGCGAGUAUGACGGCUCCCACCGUUAUGUGGUUUUGAAGAAUGAGCCAGUGCAUCCUUUCGGUUUGGCUGUGUACGGUGACCACAUCUUCUGGACAGACUGGGUGCGCAGAGCCGUCCUCAGAGCCGACAAAUAUGUUGGUGGAGACAUGAAGGUGUUAAGAGCUGAUAUUCCACAACAGCCAAUGGGGAUCGUCGCUGUGGCCAAUGAUACAAAUAGCUGUGAGUUCUCGCCCUGUCGGGUGAAUAAUGGAGGCUGUCAGGAUCUGUGUCUGCUCACAUCAGACGGACGGGUCAACUGUAGCUGCCGCGGAGAGAGGAAACUGCUGGAUGACAACACCUGCAUAGCUCAGAACACGUCGUGCAGCAGUAUGGAUGACUUUGAGUGUGGGAAUGGAGACUGCAUCAAAUACACGCUCACCUGUGAUGGCAUGGCCCACUGCAAAGACAAGUCAGAUGAGAAGCAGUCCUACUGCACUAACCGCGUGUGUAAGAAGGGCUAUAAGCGCUGUGUGAACGGACGCUGUGUCGGCCACAGUUCCUGGUGUAACAUGAGAGAUGAUUGUGGGGAUAACUCCGAUGAACUCUUCUGUAAUGCAACCCUGUGCACGGCGGAUCAGUUUCAGUGCAGAGACAAAUCAUGUGUGUCAAACUCCAGUCGCUGUAACCAGGUGCUGGACUGUGAGGACGCCAGCGAUGAAAUGAACUGCUCGGCCUCCGAUUGUUCCAAUUAUUUCCGUCUGGGUGUGAAAGGCGGGACCUAUCAGCGGUGUGAGUUCACUACGCUGUGUUACGCUCCAUCAUGGGUCUGUGACGGCGCAAACGACUGUGGAGACUAUUCAGAUGAGAGAAACUGCCCAGAUAAGAAAAAGAGAAAGUGUCCAUCAAACUUCUUUUCUUGUCCCAACGGUCGCUGUAUCCCAAUGAGAUGGACCUGCGACAAGGAGAACGACUGUGAGAACGGAGACGACGAGGCACACUGUGAUAAGUUCUGCUCGGCGACACAGUUUGAGUGUGGGAAUCAUCACUGUAUUUCCAGCAGCUGGGUGUGUGACGGGGCAGACGACUGUGGAGACGGAACAGAUGAGGACAGCAGAUGCAAGAAUAAGACGUGCAGUGCGGACGCGUUCCACUGUCCCGACUCACACAAGUGUGUCCCGCAGCUCUGGGUGUGUGACGGAGACAGAGACUGUCCAGACGGAGCCGACGAGAGCGUGAAGGCCGGCUGUGUGUUCAAUAACACGUGUAAAGCGGGAGAGUUCAUGUGCCAGAACAGACAGUGCAUCCCCAAACACUUCAUGUGUGACCACGACAACGACUGCGGCGACGGCUCCGACGAGUCUCUGGAGUGCGAGUAUCCUGCAUGCAAGGCCAAUGAGUUCCGCUGUGAUAACGGCCGCUGUCUGAUCCAGAAAUCCUGGGAGUGUGACGGAGAGUUCGACUGUCACGAUCACUCAGACGAAGCUCCCAAAAAUCCUCAAUGCAACGGGCCUGAAAAGAAAUGUAAUGUCACGGCGUAUGCAUGUGGGAACGGUAAAUGCAUCAGUGAGACGUUACUGUGCAAUCACGAUGACGACUGUGGCGACGGUACAGAUGAGCUGAACUGCUUCAUUAAUGAAUGCCUGAACAGUAAACUGAGCGGCUGCUCUCAGCAGUGUGAGGACCUGAAGAUCGGAUUCAAGUGCAGAUGCCACGCUGGCUUUAGACUGAAGGAUGAUGGGAAGACGUGUGUAGAUGUGGACGAGUGCUCCACCACGUAUCCCUGCACACAGCACUGCAUCAACACACACGGCAGCUUCCGCUGUGUGUGUGUGGACGGCUUCCAGCUCAGCCCCUCCGACCCCACCGUCUGCAAGUCCACCUCCGACGAGGAGCCGUUCCUCAUCUUUGCUAACCGGUAUUACCUGAGAAAGCUCAGCUUGGACGGCUCAAACUACACACUUUUAAAGCAGGGUCUGAACAAUGCUGUUGCGUUGGACUACGACUACAGGCAGCAGAUGAUCUAUUGGACGGAUGUGACGACUCAAGGCAGUAUGAUUCGGCGCAUGCACAUCAACGGCAGCGACGUUCGGGUUCUCCAUCGCACGUCUCUCAGCAACCCUGAUGGUCUGGCUGUUGAUUGGGUCGGGGGUAACCUGUAUUGGUGUGAUAAGGGGCGGGACACUAUUGAGGUGUCGAAGCUGAACGGAGCAUACAGGACGGUGCUGGUCAACUCGGGACUGAGGGAACCCAGAGCCAUAGCUGUGGACAUCCGCAAUGGGUACCUGUACUGGUCUGACUGGGGUGAUAAUCCUCAUAUCGGCCGCAUUGGGAUGGACGGCAGCAACAGAAGUGUGAUCAUACAGGACAAGAUAACAUGGCCCAACGGUCUCACUCUGGACUUCAUCAAUGAUCGCAUCUACUGGGCAGACGCCAAAGAGGACUACAUCGAGUUUGCCAGCUUAGACGGAUCCAACAGACAUACAGUUUUGACUCAGGACAUCCCACACAUAUUCGCCAUGACUCUUUUUGAGGAGUACAUCUACUGGACCGACUGGGAGACCAAGUCUAUCAACAGAGCUCAUAAAACACUGGGCACCAACAAGACCAUGCUGAUCAGCACCUUACACAGACCCAUGGACGUCCACAUCUACCACCCCUGCAGACAGCCAGAGGUCACAAAUCACCCGUGCCAGACAGACAAUGGCGGCUGCAGUAACUUGUGUCUGCUCUCUCCGGGCGGAGGUAAUAAAUGUGCCUGUCCCACGAACUUCUACCUGGCCGCUGAUGGGAAGCAGUGCAUGUCCAACUGCACCGCCAGCCAGUUUGUCUGCAAGAACGACAAGUGUAUCCCGUUCUGGUGGAAGUGUGACACCGAGGACGACUGUGGCGACCGAUCCGACGAGCCUGCCGACUGCCCUGAGUUUAAAUGCAGACCAGGUCAGUUCCAGUGUGAUACUGGGAUCUGUACAAACCCAGCGUACAUCUGUGACGGAGACAACGACUGCCAGGAUAACUCUGACGAGGCCAACUGCGAUAUUCACGUGUGUUUGCCCAGUCAGUUUAAAUGCACCAAUCCCAGUCGCUGUAUUCCUGGAAUAUUCCGCUGUAAUGGCCAAGACAACUGCGGGGAAGGAGAGGAUGAGAAAGACUGCCCGGAGGUAACGUGUGCACCCAGCCAGUUCCAGUGUGCCAUAACCAAGCACUGUAUCCCACGUGUGUGGGUGUGUGACCGUGAUAAUGACUGCGUUGAUGGAUCUGACGAGCCCGCCAACUGCACUCAGAUGACAUGUGGUGUGGAUGAGUUCCUCUGUAAAGACUCCGGUCGCUGUAUCCCAGCUCGCUGGAAGUGCGACGGAGAGGAUGACUGUGGUGAUUCUUCAGAUGAACCCAAAGAGGAGUGUGAUGAGAGGACGUGUGAGCCAUAUCAGUUCCGCUGUAAAAACAACCGCUGUGUUCCCGGCCGCUGGCAGUGUGACUAUGACAACGACUGCGGGGACAACUCGGACGAGGAUAAGUGUGUGCCCAGGCAGUGCUCUGAGAGCGAGUUUGCCUGCACCAGCGGCCGCUGUAUUGCUGGCAGAUGGAAGUGUGAUGGAGAUCAUGACUGUGCUGACUGGUCUGAUGAGCACGGCUGUGAUGUGAAGUGUGAUAAUGACCAGUUUCAGUGUAAGAACGGUCACUGCAUCCCAUUCCGCUGGAGGUGUGACGCCGAUGCCGACUGCAUGGAUGGCAGCGACGAGGAGAACUGCGACACUGGAGAUGUGAACGAGUGCAAGCAGUUCGGGAUCUGUUCUCACAUCUGUAACAACACUAAAGCCUCUCACAAAUGCAGCUGCUUCAAGAACUUCAUCAAAAUCCCUGGCCUGAAGAUGCCUCGUGGGAUUGCUGUGGACUGGGUGGCCAACAACAUCUACUGGACGGACUCGGGUCGUGAUGUCGUCGAGGUGGCACAGAUGAACGGACGGAAUCGUAAGACGCUCAUCUCGGGCAUGAUUGACGAGCCCUACGCCAUCGUGGUGGACCCACCGAGAGGCACCAUGUACUGGGCUGACUGGGGAAACCACCCUAAGAUCGAGACGGCUGCUAUGGAUGGCACUAUGAGAGAGACGCUGGUGCAUGAAAACCUCCAGUGGCCCACAGGUCUAGCUGUGGAUUACUUCAAUGAGCGUCUGUACUGGGCUGAUGCCAAACUCUCUGUUAUCGGGAGCGUCAGACUGAACGGAACAGAUCCGGUCAUAGCUGUCUCCAGUGUUAAAAACAAUUUGCACCAUCCUUUCAGUAUCGACAUCUUUGAGGAUUUCAUAUACGGUGUGACCUAUCACAACAACUUUGUCUUCCGCGUCAACAAGUUUGGCAAGAGUGCAGUGGAGCAUCUGACCACAGGAAUGAACCAUGCCACAGAUUUGGUCCUGUUCCACCCUUACAAACAGCCAGAGAUGGCCAACCCAUGUGACAGGAAGAAGUGUGAGUGGUUGUGUCUGCUCAGCCCCAGCGGCCCAGUCUGCAUGUGCCCCAACGGCAGAAUACUGGACAAUGGCACCUGCGUGGAGGUUCCCACCCCAACGCUGUCCCCUGUCUCUCCGAGUGGCCCCUGUAAUCUGCUGUGUCUAAAUGGUGGAACUUGUGUGCUGAAUGCCAGAAAACAACCCAAGUGUCGCUGUCAGCCCAACUAUGGAGGAGAGAGAUGUGAGCAAAACCAGUGCAGAGAGUACUGCCAGAAUGGUGGAACGUGUACCGCAUCACCCACAGGAGCUCCGACUUGCCGUUGUCUGGCAGGCUUCACAGGACCCAACUGUAACCAGCGCACAUGCGAGAACUACUGUAAGAAUGGAGGAAACUGCACAGUUAAUCGUGGAAACCAGCCCACCUGCAGCUGCCCUGCAGACUUCCUGGGAGACCAGUGCCAAUAUCGGACAUGUGAUGGACUCUGUGAUCAUGGAGGGACAUGUAUGCAGUCCAGCGAUGGGUCGAGACAAUGCAGCUGCCCUCCGCGCUUUAUCGGCAACAACUGUGAAGUGGACAAGUGUCACUAUUGCCGUGAUGGAAAGUGUAUUCCCACCAACAUCUACCAGCCGCAUGGAGAUGUUACAUGCAGAUGUCCUCUGGGAUGGGAGGGUCAUCGCUGUGAGAAUCCUGCUCCCAAUGUAAAUGCUGAAUCCAGUGGCCGAACAGCUUCAAUAGUUAUUCCAUUGGUUUUACUGAUACUGCUGGUGUUGCUGAUUGGAGGAGCAGUAUUAUGGUACAGGAAAAGAAUGAGAGGAGCCAAAGGCUUUCAGCAUCAGAGAAUGACAAAUGGCGCUAUGAAUGUUGAGAUUGGAAACCCAGCCUAUAAAAUUUAUGAAGGAGAGCAAGAUGACGACGUUGGAGAAUUGUUGGAUGCUGACUUCACACUGGAUCCUGACAAGCCGACCAACUUCACGAAUCCUGUGUAUGCUACUCUGUACAUGGGAGCUCACAACAGCCACAACUCCCUGGCCAGUACAGAUGAGAAGAAGGAGCUGCUAUCACGGGGCGACGAGGAGCCCCUGGUGGACCCCCUUGCUUAGACUGUCCAUCAGUUUGGUCCAUACAUGGAAAAUACCAUUUGCCUUUUUGAGAAAAAGAGAAAAAGAAGAAAGAAAAUCAAUGAUUAAGUGUUAACACUGUAUAAAAUGUACAAAAUGAAGGACUACUUUUGUAUGUGAUUGCAGUAUUAUAGUUUGUUCUUAUACAAUUCCUCUGGUCACAACAAAACACCACAACAACAAAAGAUACUUUUUUUUUUUUUUUAACAAGAAGAUGCCAUUUUUUGUCGCAAUUUUUAGGUCACCUCCCCUCUACCUUAAUAGCCACUACCUCUGUGCAAUAUGGAGUCAAAUAAGGAAAAAAGAGAGAUUGGAACAAUUAAAUUUUUUUUAUUUUUGUAUGAGAUGUAUAGAGAAUGUUGUUCCAUCAGUAAUGCCAAUUGUUUGUUGUAUGUUUGACUGUGGCGAGGGAAACUUUGACAUGGAACCAGUUUUGUUUGCUUCAAAUUUACUACAAUAUCAAUCAGAUGUUAUCAAUUGUAUGUGCCAGUUUUACUACUCCCACUGUAAGUUCUGAAUUAUUCAUAACGAUAAUCGAUUUCUUGUGCACAGAUCCAAGCCAUCGCAAUAUUACAUAUGCUUAUUACAGAACAAUUUUUACACAACCAUUUGUUUUUAAGUGAGAAUGUCAGUGUUGUAGAUUUGGACACACUUGACAGAAAUGUUUUCAUGAUCUUAAAAACCUUUUGAUCUAAAAGCUUCUGCUUAACUGCUUGAAAUUAGUUUUAUAGACAACAAUAAAUUGUGCCUAUGUAUGAAUCUCUUUACAAAACUAAAAAUGCUUUGUUAAAAAUAAAAUGAAACGUUGAGUUAGAAAGGCUAGUGAGAGAAACGCAGCCACCAGGAGUCCCUCAGUAUUGUUUGAAUUAAGAGUGAAGAAUAAAAAACGAACAUAGUGUGCAGAGCUGGAAUCUAGACAACAUAACAGUUUUUUUUGGUCAAUACAUAAUUCCCAUACUUCCGUUUGAUUUUAGAUUAAUAGUAAAGAAUGAGUAGGUGUGUCCCAACGUUUGACUGGUACUGUAUUUAUUUUCAGAUGAAUGAAGUAAAGCAUGGAUAAUUGAAAGUGAACAUUCUUGUAGAAAAUAGAGAGCUACUUACAAGGAAAUCCCAAAACAAUCAAAUGCACAGUUGUGCAUUGGUUGUAGUGACACAUUUGAGCGCCUUUAAAGCUGCACAUACUCCUGAAGAGGGUUUUUGACAGAAGAAAGUGAAUUUUUACACUUGUUUAUAAUUGUUUUUAAAAUGUCACAGUUAAAAAUGAAAAACCGGUGUGUUCUAAUAUUGACACGCUUUCAUAUUGUCUUUUGUAAUCUGCCUCUGAAAUAUACCAUACAUCAUGUUGCUUUUACUUUUAAAAUGUACGCUUUUUUCUUAAGUAAAUCCAUAUUGUCCUACUCA